UCCACUUGCAGACCAAGCCGCUGUCCGAUGCCGAUAGCGGGCUAGUGUCCUACAACAGCUGCAGCGUCCCUUGCUUCCUGACCCGGGACAGGGCUCUGAUAAGAUCGGCGGACGCCGUCGUGAUACACGACAGGGACGCCAAUGGAAGCGACCUUCCCAGUAGAUACCAUGCAGCACUAUACAACUUUCCUGCGGUGCUUCUUCAUCGAACUUUGCCUUCUCUGCACCACGCUUCUACUGCUUUUUCUGCAUGACUACUAUAGUCACCAGAACAAAUAUCACUCACAAACACUGAAGACGGCGGGCAGCACGGCCAACAAUAGCACCGGGAUCAAGGUACUGUUCUGGACCACGGCGCACCGUCUCUGGCACUGGCCGUUGAACAAGGCCGCACGAGGACUGGUACGACUCGACGGCUGCAACGUGCCAUGCUUCGUGACUCGGGACCGGUCCCUCAUACGAUCCGCGGAUGCGAUCGUCUUCCACGACCGGGACGCCGACGCCAGUGACCUGCCCAGCUACCGCGACGAACGCCAGCGCUGGGUCUACUGGAAUAUGGAGCCUCCACCGAAAAGUCCGUCAGACAGAAUGGCGAGGCUCAGGGGCGUUUUCAACUGGACCUACACAUACCGGCACGACUCGGACGUCCACCACCCCUACUUCUCUUUUGUCAACCAGUCCGUGCAAGGCGCUACGGGGUCUCCGACGCGCCGGUCAGCCCCCUCCGUGAGAACUAACCGGUCCAAACUUGCUGUUUGGGUGGCCACCAACUGUCACACCCAGAGCCAUCGAGAGGACUUCGUCACCGAACUCCGGAAGCACGUCGCCGUCGACGUGUACGGGCGUUGCGGCGACCUCAAGUGUCCCGGCGACCCGUGUCAGGCCAGCUUCGGCGAGACGUACUACUUCUACUUGGCGUUCGAGAACUCCGUGUGUCGCGAAUACGCGACGGAGAAGUUCUACGACGCCCUGCGCUUCAACUUGGUCCCCGUGGUUAUCGGCAACUACGCCGGUGUGCCGGUGCCUCCGAACUCGUACGUCGACGCGUUGCAGUUUCCCUCUCCGGCACACCUGGCGUCACACCUGAAGGCGGUGGCAGCGAACACCACGCUGUACGAGCGGUACUUCGCUUGGAAGCGGACGCAGGCCGUGGUGAAGAACCGCUUCGACGACCACUGCGCCCUCUGCCACGCGUUGCGCAGGGCCAGUCCGGGAGGGCGGAAGUCGUACGCGGACAUCGUGCGGUGGUGGCACGGAGACAAUGGGUCUGUGUGUGCGCACCGAUCGAACGGCGCGACCUCUGGCGACGCCCGUGCCAACAAGCUGCUGGCACACUGACGCGGGUUCCGCGCGAGUCGCGGGUUCGAUCCUGCUGGCCGCGGCGACCGCAUUUCGAUGCGAGCGAAAUGCAUAUGUUAUAUAAGCCGUGCGCCUGCUGUGACGUCGCACUGCCUACAGGAUCGGCCCUCGUUACAACCCAUAGAAAAUAUCUUGCGAUGACACAUACGUGCACUGGGGUCAGGAUCGACCCACCAAAUCACCGCAUUUGAUCACACCACCUCCGGGAUCGGCGAAGCUUUUAUUACAUUUCCUCCGUAAUCGACAUUGUUUGCUCGUCCAGGCAGCCGUCGCGCGAAGAGUAAAUGAAGCCUUCGCCUUCGAAGGGGCUGGGUUGUGGAAGCCCAACUAAUUGUGCAUUGAGGGAGGCACACGAAAUAAAUAGAUCAAGUUUUGGGAGCUUAUUUUAGCACGGUACAUCCCUUUGUACUAGAAGAAGCUCCUUGUAGCCAUCUCCUUUGCAACAGUUCGUAAUUCGUGCUUUCUAACGUUCGCGGCCUAAAUGGGGAGAGGGGGUGGUAACAACCAUGCCCCCCUCCCCUCCUGUUCACAGCACUUGCUAUUACAGCAAUUCUUUAUCUUCUUUUAGCGCGCUCUCGAGGUUGGCGUAUAUUUUUUUCUAGAAUUCCAAGAUCGAGGACCUCUAUUUAAAGCAAAAAAGAAAGCAAAGCAUUAUUUCAUCAUCAUCAGCCUACCUUUAUGUGCUAUACAAGACAAAGACGGCUCCCAGCGAUUUUCAAUUCCUCGUGUUAUUUUUUUCUUUUUUAACCUAGGUAGGACAUUAGGCAGUAUAAUAGCAAAACCUUGGUGGCGUAACCCACCGCCCCGCUCCAAAGGGGACGCUCAUAACAUCCGUCCAUGCAACCAUAUACGAGCUCCGUUGAAAGCAGUGGGAAAAACUUUAAAGGGACGCCAAAGGCAAACACCGAGUCGACAUGGACUGUCUAAAUACCAUUCCAGAAAUCUCACAAUGCUUGUUUCGUGCCAAGAAAAGACUUACUUUACGAGAAAAUUGCAUCCGAAGGGUCCGAAUACCUUUUCUGAAAUUCAAAUUUCCCUCCACCCAACCGGAGGAGUAGUGACGUUGCAUACGCCAUUACCACCCUUUGCUGCCGUCGGUGAGUAAAACGGCGCACUACAGACGGCGGUACCGAGUCAAGACUGAGCGGCGGAUUCGCUGCUGCAGCUGCUUUUUCGUCAAGUGGGGGCGUAGACCGUUCGGGCAUCCUGCGACAUUACAUGGAAGUCGAGUUCUCUGCUACUUGCGGUUUAUGCGAAUUUCGCGAGCAAGCAAAACCAGCGCAGCACUGCGCAAUCAAUAAAGUACUGAAACGCGAAAGCGUGGGCGGGGCAGAGUCGAGCGAAAAUGAAACCUUUCGACCGCCCGCGUCGUUGUCAACGGUAAUUUCAAGGAGUUCCUUUUUCUAAAGAUGAAAUAUAACUUGGCAAGUAGCAUUUUAUUAGACCUUAUAAUACAAUACAAGGAUGUUUCUUGCAACGAGUAGUUGAGUACUAGGGACAGAAUUUAACUAAGGAGUGCUUUCGUCGUCCGGCGAGUGCUUGAAUGUGCCGGGGGAGUCGCUUACCAUGUCCCGCAUUUACCUCAGUUUCUUUAUUAUUAAGGCUCUGUUCACGAUAAUAUUAACGCCUUAGAGAUUAUCCAGCAGUAUUUAUAGCUUUAGCUUGAUUAUUGCAGCCCGUCUCUCUCCCUCUCUCCAGUAAGCAAGUGGGAACCUUUCAUUUAGCGGUAAGCAUUCUAGGUAACCAUACAGCAGUGGCUUUGGUCAGGUGAAGAUAUUAUUUAUGAACCAUUUUUACAGCGGUUCCCCUGAAAGUUUCGCGUCCGUCUACAGAAAACCCAACCCAGGUGGGUAGAUACCGACUGCAGGGCCAGGAGCAGUGGCUCGCCCCCGUAAGGCAGAGGCGUGAAAAGCCGUCAAACCACGUGAUCAACCACGAGGUGCGCGCACAUACGCGUCGAUCAACGUACGUUGCUGUCAGUCUCUCACUGGUGCACGGUCGUUGUCGGAGACUUUAACGUAGACAUCCCAAAAACGGCAACAAAGUAGUGGUUCACCCAAUACGUCGAAGUAGUUGGGCCUCUGUUACUUAAACAAUCCGAGUCAACCAACUACCAUACACGGGUCAUGCAUCGAUUUAACUUUGGCCAAAAAAGUUUCUCGAGUAAGAACGUAAAACGUCAGUGUACAUCAUAGCAACCACAAAGAAGUUAUAACAGUCAUUUCAACGUAAUAAAGAAAAUAAAUGUUUUGUAAACUGCA